AAUACUUUAAUGUUUUAUAUUUGUACUAUUUUUUAUUCGUGACUGAAUUCGUCAAAUCACAAGGCAAUAGUUACUGAUCUACAAUCUGCAAUAGAUCGAGAGAUAAUUCUCGCAUGAGUCUGCAGCGUGACUAAUCGCAAAGGAGCGCAAUAACAGAGGUUGAAGAUGAAUCAAACGCGCGUUUUGAGGAUUUGCUUAGAGCUUUCGACAAUUGCUCUUUAGUAAAGUUGCGGUUGCUAUAUGAAGAUCAGGUUCCAAGCGUUGCUUUGCCCUCGCAGAAAUGCCAGUGCGUGCAGUGACUUCUAGGUUCAUGUACAGGGGACUUUGCUCAAUUCCAGAUAUCCUCUCCUACAAGGCUCCUAUCGCCCUCCCCGAGGAUGAAGUGGAGGAGAUCCGGGAAGCCUUUAAGGUGUUUGACCGUGAUGGGAAUGGAUUCAUCUCAAAACAGGAGCUGGGAGUGGCCAUGCGUUCUCUUGGUUACAUGCCAAACGAGGUGGAGCUGGAGGUGAUCAUUCAGAGACUGGACAUGAAUGGUGACGGUCAGGUUGACUUUGAAGAGUUUGUAACACUUCUCGGACCAAAACUUUCUUCUGCUGGUAUGCCUGACAGGUUCCAUGGAGCUGAGUUUGACUCCAUAUUCUGGAAGUGUGACAUGCAAAAGCUGACUGUGGAUGAGCUGAAGAGACUCCUGUAUGACACCUUCUGUGAUCAUUUGACUAUGAAAGACAUCGAGAACAUAAUCAUGACAGAGGAGAGUCACUUAAACAGCCCCAAGUGCCAAGUAGAUAUUGACACGAGCCCCAUGCAACAAGUCAAGCACACGUGUGUGCGCAAGAGCUUGAUUUGUGCCUUUGCAAUCGCAUUUAUCAUCAGCGUCAUGCUCAUCGCAGCCAAUCAGAUGCUUCGAAGAGGGAUGAAGUGAACUGUUUCUUAAACCACGAAUGACUGACAAAAGGGUAAAAAGGUUCAAAUGCAAAAAAGUACUUAUUUUCAUUUCUAAUUUGAAACACCAAAGGCUGCUCUCUCAUUGUACUAUGAACUCAAGGGAAAGACAAACUGUUCUUAGGCAGGCAGAAGAACCAUAAAGAACAAUAUAAUUUAAAACCAUAUAGUUAAAAAAUGUCACAGUAAUUUUUUGUAGAAAUACAACUGGAACAAGAGUGAUGAAUAAUCACUGUGCUAAUCACUGUGCUAUGUAGUAUUAAAUGUA